GAAGGACAUGGGACAUGAUAACACGAUGAUGAAUGAAACGUGAAAUAUAUUUGUGAAGAGGAUAAAAUAAGAGAAAACAUGGGGAAGAAUAAACCCAAAACAAUUAUCCCCGGAUCUACGCGUGAAGAGUUGCUUGUAAUGACAGUUACAGAAAUUGUCAACCAAUUAAUCCAAGCUCACAAACAAGGAAAAGAUGUUAACCUUAACAGAAUCAAAAGCAAAGUUUCCAGUAAAUAUGGACUAUCUAGUCAGCCUCGAUUGGUGGAUAUUAUAGCAGCUGUCCCACAGGAGUACAAAAAGAUUCUUCUGCCAAAGCUGAAAGCUAAGCCUGUUCGCACAGCCAGUGGGAUAGCUGUUGUGGCUGUGAUGUGUAAACCACAUAGAUGUCCACACAUUGCCAUGACAGGAAACAUCUGUGUAUACACUUUUCACACCUAUAAGCCUACUUCUAUGCGAGCAAUCAGAGCCAGGUACAAUCCCUAUUUACAGACAAGACACAGAGUGGAACAGUUAAAACAACUGGGACACAGUGUGGACAAAGUGGAGUUUAUAGUGAUGGGUGGCACAUUCAUGAGUUUGGCGGAUGAAUACAGGGACUACUUUAUUAGGAACUUACAUGACGCAUUAUCUGGCCAUACAAGCAGCUGUGUAGAUGAGGCAGUCAAAUAUUCAGAGAAAAGUAUGACAAAAUGCAUUGGUAUAACCAUAGAAACUCGUCCAGACUAUUGUCUUCGUAAACACAUCAGUGACAUGCUUCGUUAUGGUUGUACGAGAUUAGAGAUAGGAGUUCAGAGUGUGUAUGAAGAUGUAGCCAGAGACACAAACAGAGGCCACACAGUAAAAGCAGUAACAGAGUCUUUCCAGAUGGCUAAAGAUGCUGGAUUUAAAGUGGUAGCUCAUAUGAUGCCUGACCUUCCUAAUGUGGGCUGGGAGAGGGAUGUGGAACAGUUCAUUGAGUUCUUUGAAAAUCCUGCAUUCCGAGCAGAUGGUCUCAAAAUUUACCCUACCCUAGUCAUCAGAGGGACUGGUUUAUAUGAAUUAUGGAAAACUGGUCGCUACAAGAGUUAUCCCCCUAGUGGUUUGAUAGAUUUGAUUGCCAGAAUUCUAGCUCUGGUUCCACCAUGGACCCGGGUUUAUAGAGUUCAGAGAGAUAUUCCUAUGCCAUUAGUAAGUUCUGGGGUAGAACAUGGAAAUUUACGAGAGCUUGCUUUGGCUCGCAUGAAAGAUCUGGGGACAAGUAGUCGUGACGUCAGAACACGAGAAGUGGGGAUUCAGGAAAUUCACAACAAAGUCAGGCCAUAUGAGGCGGAGUUAAUCAGAAGAGAUUAUUGUGCUAACGGCGGCUGGGAGACAUUUUUAUCGUACGAGGAUCCAGAGCAGGACAUUUUGAUUGGGUUACUGAGAUUACGCAAGUGUUCCCCUGACACGUUUAGACCAGAACUCCGAUCUGGCUGCUCCAUCGUUAGAGAGCUCCACGUCUACGGCAGUGUGGUACCAGUCCAUGCCAGGGAUCCCACCAAAUUCCAGCAUCAGGGUUUUGGUAUGUUACUUAUGGAAGAAGCAGAAAGAAUAGCCAGAGAGGAACAUGGUUCCUCCAAAAUAGCUGUAAUAUCUGGGGUUGGAACAAGGAAUUACUACAGAAAGAUUGGAUAUGAACUGGAUGGGCCAUACAUGUCUAAAUCACUUGUCUAAAUAAACCAUGAAAUUAUU